UUUUUUCUUCUCUUCCGUCUUCUCUAGACACAUCUCCCCUCAAACUACAGUCGCAAUGGCCUCCCGAAGCUUUUCCAAGGCGCUGCGGUCGCCAAUGGCCCGCCAAUUUACGGCUCCUUCCACCCAGACUCGCACCUUUGUCGCCGCCAGGAGCUUGGUCCGGGCCACCGGCCAGGUUUCCAAGGCCUUCGCUGCCCCCGUCCAGCGCCAGCAGACCCGCGGUGUCAAGACCGUUGACUUUGCCGGCCACAAGGAGGACGUCUACGAGCGUGCCGACUGGCCUCAGGAGAAGCUCCUGGACUACUUCAAGAACGAUACCCUCGCCCUCAUUGGCUACGGCUCUCAGGGUCACGGCCAGGGUCUCAACCUCCGUGACAAUGGCCUCAACGUCAUUGUCGGUGUCCGGAAGAACGGCAAGUCUUGGGAGGAUGCCAUCCAGGAUGGCUGGGUUCCCGGCAAGAACCUGUUCGAUGUCGAUGAGGCCAUCUCCAAGGGUACCAUCGUCAUGAACCUCCUCAGCGACGCGGCGCAGAGCGAGACCUGGCCCUCCAUCAAGCCCCAGCUCGUCAAGGGCAAGACCCUCUACUUCUCCCACGGCUUCUCGCCCGUCUUCAAGGAUAUCACCAAGGUCGACGUCCCCUCCGACAUCGACGUUAUCCUCGUGGCCCCCAAGGGCUCCGGCCGCACCGUCCGGUCCCUCUUCCGCGAGGGCCGUGGCAUCAACUCAUCCUUCGCCGUCUACCAGGACGUCACCGGUAAGGCGCGCGAGAAGGCCCAGGCGCUUGGCGUGGCCAUCGGCUCCGGCUACCUGUACGAGACCACGUUCGAGAAGGAGGUCAUUUCGGACCUGUACGGUGAGCGUGGCUGCCUGAUGGGCGGCAUUCACGGCAUGUUCCUCGCGCAGUACGAGGUGCUCCGCGAGCGGGGCCACAGCCCCAGCGAGGCCUUCAACGAGACCGUCGAGGAGGCCACCCAGUCUCUCUACCCCCUCAUCGGCGCCAACGGCAUGGACUGGAUGUACGAGGCCUGCUCGACCACGGCCCGCCGCGGUGCCAUCGACUGGACCCCCCGGUUCAAGGACGCCCUGAAGCCCGUCUUCAACCAGCUCUACGACGCGGUUGAGGAUGGCACUGAGACCAAGCGCUCGCUCGAGUACAACAGCCAGAAGGACUACAGGCAAAAGUUCGAGGCCGAGAUGGAGGAGAUCCGCAACCUGGAGAUCUGGCGGGCUGGCAAGGCCGUUCGUGCUCUCCGCCCGGAGAACCAGAAGUAAGCGACGGACGCUCUGGAUGCGUUUGGAAGUGGGAGAUGAUCUUUUUGGCUAUGGCUUCCCUCGAAGACAAUCUUUUCGACUGCCCUAGUGGGCUGGGUAGCUAGCUGCCAUGUUUUGGGCCG